UUUCAUGUCUGUCAAGAUGGCUUCAGAUGCCGAAAAGCAAAGUAAGGGUGGUGAAAAAGUAAAGAAAUUAACCCAAGAACAAAUUAUUUCUACUUUCAAUCAAUUAAGGCAAGACCAGAAGAAUUUAGUAACUAAAUUAACAGAAGUUGAACAAGAGUUAAACGAACACAGUCUUGUUGUUGAUACUCUUAAAGAUGUUGAUCAAGAUAGAGUGUGUUAUCGUAUGAUUGGAGGUGUAUUAGUUGAAAGAACUGUUAAAGAAGUUUUACCUGCUGUUUCUCAUAACAAGGAACAGUUAGCAGUAUUUCUAGAGAAUUUAAAUCAACAGAUUGAAAAGAAAGGCAGAGAAAUUAAUGAGUUUAAAGAAAAGUACAACAUUCAAAUUAGGAAAGAGGCCCCAUUUCCCAUGUUGGAACCAAUGAAGGAUGAGUCUGAAGCAUCUUCAUCAGGUGUUCUUGUCAAGACUGAAUCCUAGUACUAAUUUGUGUUUGCAAAUUGGACUUAUUACGUCUGAAUGUUUGUUUUGUUUAUUUUUCAUAUGUGAUCAUUUUUGAAAUAAAUUUCUCUGUUACACAUUUGCAUCUGCUUUUACAUUUUAUAAAAUAUUUAUUAAAUGUUUAAAAAUGUAAAUUUGAAAGAGCACAAUGAAACUGCAUCAUCAUUAGUAUUUAAGAGGUUAAUAAUCAUCAUUAAAGUUUCUAGUAAUUUAACUUACAUAUAAAUCUAUCAAAAAAAAUUAAAUGAUAACCACUGUGUAAAAAUAACUUUUUUUUUUUUUUUUGUUAACACCCCCCUUACAAAUGUACACUUUAUUCUGACUUUACCAUGUAGAGAUAUAUUGUAAUUGCAGAUCUGUUUGAUUUUAUAAUAAAUCUAGCAUUAUUUUUUUAACUACAGUAUUUUAUCUCAUGCACUUUAAAUAUGCUGUAUUUAUUAGUAGUAUCAUAUUCUAUUGUAAAAGUAAGGGCAAAAAGAAUUUAAGAAUAUUAGUCGUAAAAUGUGUCUGAUGUUAUUGUUAUUUGUGUUUCGUUUUCUUCAAUCAUGUUUUGAUGCUAUAUGAUUAAAAAAAGUGUUGUUAAUAUUGAUAGGUAAUAACUUAUAUAAUUCCGGGCUAAUCAGAAUUGAAAGUUGACCUGUUAAACUUGGUAAUUUAAAUUUUAAUUACAUUUUAAAAAAAGCAAAUAAAAUGAUAAACUUUUGAAGUAAAGGUAAUAUUUUGAUGUUCACGUUUCUUUAAUAAAAGCCCACAGAUUUUCUACAUAAAAUACUAAAAUUAAAAUCAAUUCAUUUUUACCAUUUUUUAGUAAAAUUUAUUCACUGUUAUUAUGACUGAAAUUUAGGUAUCUGAAUCUUUAAAAUAUGGUAAAAAAUGAUGAAUGAGCUACAUAGCCUGCCAGCUCUUGCAUCACAUCUUCCAAAGAUUUUUAAUUUUCAGCCUUUAUUAAGGAAAGUUUUUGCUAAUUAUUUAUUAAAUUUAUUGAAUUAAUGAAUGUACAAAUAUCAUUCUCCUACUUUUAAUAAUUUUCAGUGUAACUUUUCUUAUUAAAGUUUAUUUGAUCUGAAUUGUCUUAAUAUGUUAUCAACUUGUGUAGAACUUUUAUGAAGAUUCAAACAUCUUUAAUAAUUUAAUAUUUGUAUAUAAUUUUAUUUUACAUCAAUAAAUGAUAUAUUACUAAGUUUGUCCAUACAAUUAUAUAAUUAAUCAUAACCAUUAAUUUUAUUUUUAUCACAUUUAGAAGUACUUUAAUCAAUACAAAGCCAUACUCAGGAUUUUUUUAAUCAUAAAAUAAAGUUAGCUGAAGCACAUACAAUUUAUUAAUUACUUUUUAAUUAAGUAUUAACACAUUUUAUGUCAGAAUAUUAUAAGUAGCUCAAUAACCUGAAUCAUGUAUUGUAAAGUGAAUUUAAGUCGGUCUGAAAUUUGAAAUGGCACUGCUGUGCUACUUGAAAACCCCCUGAAAACUCAGUUUUUCAUAUUUUAAGGUUAUGCUAUUAGUGAAAUUACAAGCAUUAUUAAAAUAACAUCUGGAUGUUUUCUCAAAUAUUGAAUAAUUAUUGUGAUUUUCAAGCUUAAAGAGUUUGGAUCGAAUAACUGCAAAUGUAUUUACUUCAGAAUUCAUGAAAUAAAGUGUCUGCCUAUCAUUGUUGAUUGA